AUGAACUUUUAUCAAUUUAUUAACUUAUUUUUUGGUUCAAUAUUAAUUUUUGGAAUUAAACAUGCACUGGGAAAGUCUUCUACGGGGAACAGGUUGCUUAUUGUUCAUAGUUCAGAUGUAUUUUAUAAUGAUUUCUCGCUUUUUUUUGAUUCUUUUAAAUCACGGGGAUAUAAUUUAACAUUUAAGGAUCCAGAGAUAGAUAGUAUACAACUUUUUAAAUAUGAGGAGCGUAUCUAUGAUCAUCUUAUUUUAUUUUUUACGAAGGAGAAAAAUAGCAAAUUUGAACAACAUUUUACGAAUUCUAAGAUUCAUGAAUUUAUUGAUAGAGGAGGGAAUAUUUUGAUUGCAACAUUAUCUACAAUGCCUAAAAAUAUUCGUAAUUUGACAAAUGAAUUGGGCGUAUAUUUAGCAGAAAAAGAUAAUCUUGUUGUUGAUCAUUUUUCGUAUGAUAAAUCAGAUUCUCAGAAACAUUCAUUGCUUCUUGUUGAUAAUUUUAAAAAAAACAGCUAUAUAUUAAGUGAUAAAGUAAUUGAGGGACCGCCAAUACUUUAUCGAGGGAUUUCUCAUUUUUUAGGAAAUGGACAGCUUAUUGUACCUAUUCUUGCUGCAGGAAGAACAGCGUAUACAUAUAAUACAAAAGAUGAGUCUAAUUUUGUAAAAAAGCCAUGGGUAGCAGGUAGCCAAACAUAUCUUAUAACAGGUUUCCAAGCAAGAAAUAAUGCGCGAAUUAUAGUUACAGGGAGCAUUGAAAUGUUUUCUAAUAAAUUUUUUAAUUCAUAUUUUAAAAAAAAUGUAAAAUUUGGAAAUGAAGAAUUUGUGAAGGAUAUUACUGAGUGGCUUUUUCAAGAAAAAAGUGUAUUAAAAGUGGGUUUAGUAAAACACAAUCUUGCAGAUAAAACAUUAGUUACAAAUCCACCUAAUAUUUAUAAAGUAAAGGACAAUGUGACAUUUGAAAUUACACUCUCUCAAUAUAAAAACGAUUCAUGGAUACCUUUUACUGUUUCAGAUAUUCAGUUAGAGCUCAUUAUGCUAGAUCCUUAUAUAAGAACAGCUCUUAAAGAAACAUCCAGAAUCUCAAACUCAUCUAUUUACUCUACUACUUUUUCUUUACCUGAUCAUUAUGGUAUCUUUCAUUUCAAAGUAAACUAUAAAAGGCCUGGUUUGUCUUAUAUAGAAGAACGAUCUACUAUAACUAUCAGACAUUAUAGACAUGAUGAGGUUAGCUGGCAUUGA